UCAAAUACUUUAAUAUGUCACCACGGAAACUUGAUACGAAAGGCAUUGGAGUUUUCAAGCAACAUAAAGCUCAUCUUAUGACCACUGCUGAACAAGGGAAUAAAGACCAAAUUAGUGAAAAGGAUCCACACAUGUUGAAUGCAGUAAUUACUCUCCAGAAAUAUAUACGUCGCUUCUUAGCUUAUAAAAUGGUUGUUAAAAUGAAAGCACAAAAGGUACUACCGAAAGUUUUCUGUUAUCAUAUAACUACUCGUAAAUUUAAGAAACAUUGUGAAUCUGAAAUUGAGAAACUAAGACAAAUGGCUUACCUUCAAAGCGUCAAAGCCUUUAGAGAAGAGCAAGAACGAAAACGGAAAUUAGAAGAGGAAGAAGAAAGACAAAAACGUCUACUUCUACUGCGACAAAAAACGAUGCUCGAAUGUGCAUUUGAAGGUCGUGAGCUUGAAAUGAAACAACUACUAAGAGAGGUGUGUGAAGAAAAUGGUUAUAAUGAGAGUGGAUGCUUGGAAAUAGAUGAGUCAAUACGCCUAAGAUGCAAAAUGCAACUGAUUGAAUGUAAAGAUGCAAAUCAUAAUUCUGUGCUUUCUGAAGCUUGCAUUGGAGGCAAUAUUGAUAUUGUACAGCUGCUCCUUGAUAAUGGCGCCGACGUAAAUUCUCGUGGACAGUUUGGACGAACUCCCUUGUAUCGAGCAGCGUUUGGAUCCCACCUAGAUAUUGUAAAAAUUCUUCUGAAUCAUGGUGCUGAUCCGCGUCUUUAUGCCGAUGAUGGACAGCGACCCAUAGAAGUAACUACAGAUAAAAAUAUUCGACAACUACUAGAAACAUGGGAUAUCAGUGAAACAGAUAGAUUGUUGAAACAAAUUAAUACUUACAAAACACACACUAUGCAAAUAUACGAAAAGGGUGAACAAGCUACUUUAAAGAAGCUACAGUCAAACGUUGAUGCAAUUGAGAAGUCAUAUCAUGCAGCUCAACUUCGAGUGUGUAAAGCUCAUGAAGAAUUAAACAGACGCAUUAAAGAAUAUGAUCAUGCAGCAGCGAAUGGUUAUGAGAAUAUAAAUUUACUACAAAGUCUAAUAAUCGACUCUGAACUAACUUUUGAAUCAAGAAAGUUAGAGGUGGAAAAAAUUCGCGAAAAGCUUUUACAGUCUAAACUUGAAUUAAGAAAUAAACAAGAUGAAGUAAAAAUGAAUAAUGAAGACAACUGUAAACCUGGUAUCCAUUGUAAAAUUGGUGAAUUAGAUGAUAUCUUAUUCAAAGAUAUUGGCAACCGUAUAAAUGAAUCAGAUAAAUGGCCAGUAAUAAUAGAUCCAAGUGACAGAGUCAGUGUGUUUCUACGUCACAGGGAUACAAAUUAUGUCAAUGUAUUAAAUCCUAAUAAUCUAGAUAAAGAAAGACUAAGAAUUUCUCUUCUGGGUGCUCUACGUUAUGGUAAACCAUUUGUAUUAGACCUGAUGGGAGUUGAUGAUAUGCUUGAUACUGUUUGUCGAGAUAGAUUUGAUUCUAUCAAACCGUCAUUACUGAAUGAUAUAACUGAAAAGAAAAUACUACAUUCUGACGUAUAUGAAGCUUUACUUAAGGAAACUGAUGCAGAAGAGUUCUCAGCAAAGUACUUUACUUCCCAAAAUAUCAGUAAAUUUCUCUUCAUUAUACUUACGAAGAAUACAUUGUGCAACAGUAACAUAAUUGAUCGGUUUCUUCCCAUCUGGAUUCAAUUAGCAUAAUUAUAUAAUAUACUUUGAACCCCCUCCCGAUUCUCCAUUUACAAAUAGAUUACUACGUUUAUCUAGUAUGUUCUCAAACGAGUCAAUAUGUUCGCUUAGAAUAAAUACAGUAUGCUUUGACAGAUUUUUAUUUAUUAAAUAAUUAGUCUUACUUAAAAACCUACAAUUUACGAAAACAAAUCUUGGAAAUUCCUCUUACUUCGUUUAGAUCUAACCUUCGGAAGAUAAAA